CAACGCGGAAGUGCUUAAAAUCAGCACUGUAAACAACGAUUCAGAAGAAAUAAAGUAAAAAGCUCUGUUUGGAGGACUUUUUCUCCCCUAGUACGAGAACAUGGUUCGGUGUUUCCUCAUCCACACCGUGUGCCCGGUGAGUGCUCUGUCUGCCGGGGAGAGCCGUGUUCUUUACUCCCGGGUUUUCGGUCCAGAUGACGGAGUCCUGUCCGAGCGGCACCGAGAGCUCAGCCCGGAGGAAAGAAGGCUCCUGCAGAAGGAGAAGGUGGCCGCAGUAGCCAGACAAGUCCGGAGUGCUGUCUCUCUGUCCCGGGAAUCCUCGGGUCGGCUGAUAGUGGAGACGAUGCCGGGCGAAGAGAAUCUGGCCCUGCAGGACGCAGACUGCGGCGUGGUGCGGCUCAGAGCCGGAGACCCCUUCUCUGAGGAGACGAGCGCUCUGUGGCUGGGGGUUCAGAGUCUGGGCUUCACGCUCGUCUGUGAGCCCCACGAGAACCUGCUGCUGGCUGAGGGAACACUACGCAACCUGACCCGCCACUGCCUGGAGCACCUGCACAUGCUGGGGCAAGGGAGCGAGGUCCUGUUGAAGAGCAACCGGAUCGACGUCCUGCUCAGUCGCCUGCUUCCUCACGGGCAGCUGCUCUUCCUCAACCACCGCUUUGCCCAGAGUUUGGAAAAGGAAGUAGCGGCUUAUAUGGCCAAAUAAAGCCAAGCAGCCACGGUUGCCAUUUUCAGGGAGGGCGGGCUAUCAUUUACAGCUACUUCUAGGUAUAUCUGCUGGCUUCCAAGCAAACAAGCCCUCUGUCACUCACCUCCGGUGACAUUUCCACGCUGGAAGACGAAGAGCGGACUACCAGCUGCUGCUGGUGCUGCUGCUGUUGUUAGAGAUUGCAUGAUGUGUAAACACACAGAGUGGUAAAUACCUGCCUCAUCCACUUGCAGCUCACUCUUGGCUGUUUACUGUGUGGGUGGCUUCACUUCAAAUCCUGUUUGUCAAAUUGAAGAGUGGAAAGAAAAAUGUGGCAGAUUAAAGAGUGCAGUCGCAGAGGCCAGUUAAGACGUACUUGUCAGCAUCAAAGCCUGCUAUUUAUCUGAUUCACCAUACUUGAAAUGUCACAGUGUGACCUUGAGGAGCCAGACUUGACCCUUUUUUGUGCUUUUUGAGAUUUCAGUGAGUAUAAAUGAAAUCUCGGAGUGUUAUUGCCUUAUUGUAACUCCUCAUAAGACCUUACAUUUCCUACUACUCAUCAGGAUAGCGAAUGGGUUUUUAAAAAAAGUGUUUUGGGAGAACAAGAACACAGUAUGAAUCAUCUUAAAGAAAUGCACAAUAGAAAGGGAAGAGCAAAAGAUCUGGAUCUGAGUUGUUUUAUGACAAUUUGAAGCAGAAAUGCUGCAAUGCCAGUGAUGCUAAGGACAAUGGACAGGGCAGGAAGCGAGGAGACGUUUGGAUAAACUAUUAUGAAUGAAAGCAGAAAUGUUGGCAUGCAGAACAUGGAACAAAACAUGAGGAAAUGAUGACAAGUAGACCUACAAACACAAACAUCCUGACUCAACAAAUAAAAAAUGUAUACCUGUG